UGUUCUCCUCCUCUAGCGGCGGCAGCAGCAUCCGUGGCUCCCCGCAGAGGACAGCGGGUGUUUGUAGGACACAGAAGAGGAGGGAGGGGUCCUGGCCUGGGCACGGAUCCCGAAGAGGCCCCGGGGCCGCCGCUGGAUGGAGUCGGGCUGCAUUCAGACAGCAAUGGCUAUGGGUCUGACAUCGAAAAAGGCGUCUGCUCGAAGCGUCGGCGUGGAGCGGAAAAACCUCAUCACGGUUUGCAGAUUCUCUGUAAAGACUCUCCUAGAAAAGUACACAGCAGAGCCCAUAGAUGACUCAUCUGAGGAGUUUAUGAACUUUGCCGCCAUUUUAGAGCACAUCCUCAGCCACCGCUUCAAAGGUAACACUGCAGGUUCGGGGAGCUGGUUCAGCUCAGAUGGACAGCGCAGUUUCUGGGAAUAUAUUCGGCUGGCGUGCAGCAAGGUGCAGAACAACUGCAUCGCCAGCAUCGAAAACAUAGAGAACAUCAGCACGUCACGAGCCAAGGGGCGGGCAUGGAUUCGAGUGGCGCUGAUGGAAAAACGUCUGUCUGAAUAUGUAUCCACUGCUCUGAGGGACACAAGAACAACUAGGAGGUUCUACGAUGAUGGAGCCAUCAUGCUGAGAGAGGAGGCCACAGUCCUGACCGGCAUGCUGAUUGGCCUGAGUGCCAUUGACUUCAGCUUUUGCUUGAAGGGGGAAACUCUGGACGGUAAAUCGCCUGCUGUGAUUGACUACACGCCGUACCUGAAGUUCACUCAGAGCUACGACUACCUGAGCGAUGAGGAGGACCGUCGCAGCGUGGACAGCAGCAACAGCGAGGAGAGCGUCCCAGAGCAUCCCUACAUCCCUCUGGUGACCGACGAGGAGAGCUGGAGCAACAAGUGUCGCAAGAUGGAGCAGAGGUUUAAGAUCGUCUACGCCCAAAAGGGCUACCUGGAGGAGCUGGUGCGCCUGCGGGAGUCGCAGCUGAAGAACGUGGAGACGGAGAACAAGUGUCUGAGAGCCAAGGUGGAGGAGCUGACGGUCCAGAGCCAGCAAGAGAAGAAGGAGCUGGAGGCCAUCGUGUUGGAGCUGCAGGCACAACUCUCUGCCCUCAUGCCCUGUGAUUCCUCCCACCUGGCGAAAGAUCUUUCCAUCCCGCUGGUCAACCAGUGGUCCGCCGUCACAAACAACCAGGGUGACGUCAAGCUCUUCCGCAGGAGGAGUUUCCACAGUUUGGAGCAGCUUUCUGCUGAAGUCAGUCUGAACUCGGACUCCCAGAAGACUGGAGACGGGAGGCAGAACGGAGACGCCGCCUGGACUUCAGGAGGAAAAGACAACACUCCCUCCAUGCUGGGCCUGUGCGGCUCUCUGGCCUCUUUGCCGAGCUCCAAGUCCCUGGCCAGCCUCAAGUCCAGUGAGUGUUUGGUCAACAUCAGCACUGAAGCCAGCCCUGCGCUCUCUCCCAGCUAGGAGCUCCAAACCAACAACAACAGAGAUUUAACCCCCCAGCCUGUCUGCCUGGUGAUGCUGCGUCGACCAAAUCCCUGCUCCCACAGUCCAACACCGUCAGUAGAGAAAACAACGGGAAAGUCACAACACCAUCUCUGGAUUUUUGUACACAUGAGAGUGAAGUCACCGUGAAGCUCAAAGGAUCCAUCUCUUCUGGUGUUUUCCCCUUCUCCUUCGCCUUAUCAGCUCGACUCUUCUGUCACACUCUCAUCAUCCACCUCUUCUGCAAACUUCCCGUCAGACCUUCUCCAGUCCCUUCAUUUAUUUCCUUAAAUCCUGCUCCUUAUUUUAAUAUCAGUAUUCUUCCACGACAUCGUCCGAGUGUUUGUGUGCCUUUGGCCUGUUUUUAUUCAGUCUUCUUGUCAAAGUGUAAGCAAAACCAAAACUUGCAGCUCUGUGGAUGCAGCCACUUGUGGAGAGAGAUGCGGUGAGAUGAUCUGUAAGAAGCAGAGGAUGGGUGUUCACAUGCUGUCGUGGCACUGACAAGUAUGAAAGUGCAUAUCAUUCCUGCUUGAGUAAUCAAACGCUGUUAGAGUGUGAAGCUGUUUGUUGAAUCUAUCGAACCUGAAGCUACCACAUAUGUUCAUUUAUCUCAUUUUAUCCUGCUGUAUGUUCUUUGUACGUGCAUUUAUUGGGUUAUUUUUGUUUCUUUUGUGUUGCAAUAAACUGCCUUUUUUUCCAUUA